AGCAGCAGCCCUUUCUGUUAGACACCGCAACGCGUGUCGCCUCGCCGCCUCGCCGCGUCAUCGCUCGUCCUCUUCCUUCAGCCCUUUUGGUUUAUCGUCACCGCCAUUACCUGUUUUCUCUUUCUCUUCAACUUCUAGUUCUAGGGUUUCCUUCCUACUGCUCUUUCUGUUACGAAUCUGAACUUUCGCAAUGGGUUCUAUCCCCGAUCCGGACGGCGAGUUAGACGAGUUACUACCGGCUCCGGGCUUCGAUGAAUUUCAGAGGCAGACCUCUCUGAUGACGAGCUGUACUCUUCUCUGGAAGGAGCUUUCUGAUCACUUCUCCUCGCUCGAACGAAACCUCCAGGACAAGUCCGACGCGCUCAAGCGCAAGAUCCAGACCCUGGACUCCCAAACCGAGCAGUCCCUGCAGGUUCUGGAGACUCGGGAGGUCACGAUCGACGGCUCGGUCUCGAUCGCGCUGAAGAAGGUGGAGACGGCUCUCACUGCUCUCCAGGACAAGAAGGAGGCCGUUUGUGAAGGCGAAGUGGAUGAUCUCCAAGGCUUGUUGCUGAAGCUGCGAUCUUACUGUGUUAAGAUGAAUUCCGAGGGGCUUUGGAGGUUCUUGGUUGGGAAGAAGAAGGAAUUGGACUCGUUGAGGGUUCAAUUUCCGGUGGCGUUGAGUGAAUGUGUUGAUCCGCCGAGGUUUGUGCUGGAGGCGAUCUCGGAGGUGUUUCCUGUGGACAAGAGGGAGGAGAAGGGUGGUGAAAGAGGGAACGAUUUGGGCUGGGCGUGCGUUUUGUUGCUGGAGUCGUUGAUUCCGGUGGUGGUGGACCCAAUUUUAGGGGAUUCGAGGCUGCUGGUGACGCCGAACAUGAGGAAACGGGCGGCGGAGAUGGCGGAGACGUGGAAGGCGAGCUUGGACAGCCGUGGUGGAAUCGAGAAUAUCAAGACUCCCGACGUGCAUACUUUUUUGCAGCACCUAGUGACAUUUGGGAUUUUUAAGAAGGAAGAUGUUGAUUUGUAUAGGAAGCUUGUGGUCGGGUCGGCUUGGCGCAAGCAAAUGCCGAAGCUUGCUGUAUCCGUAGGACUCGGUGAUAAAAUGCCUGAUAUGAUUGAAGAAUUAAUCAGCAGAGGUCAGCAGGUUGAUGCUGUGCAUUUUACUUUUGAAGUUGGCCUCCAAGACAAGUUCCCUCCUGUUCCAUUGCUCAAGGCUUUCCUGAAGGAUGCCAGAAAAGCUGCAGAUUCUAUUUCUGAGGAUCCUAACAAUACUGGCCGGGCUGCGCAUCUUGCUGCCCGCAAGGAGCAGUCAGCACUUCGGGCUGUUAUCAAGUGCAUUGAAGAGUACAAACUCGAUGCAGAGUUCCCUCCUCAAAAUCUUAGGAAGCGCCUUGAACAAUUGGAUAAAGUCAAGAGUGACAAGAAAAAGCCAGCAGCUGUCCCUGCCAACAAAAGAACACGGGCAAACAAUGGUGGCCCAAUGCCGCCUGCAAAGGCUGGCCGCUCGACAAAUGCCUAUGUGUCAUCUUUUCCUGCGGCUCCCACAUACAUCAGGUCCCCCUCACACGCUCAAUACCCUGCCGGGGUUCCUGUGUAUCCUGCAGGCCCUGCCAUGUAUGGCAGCCGGAGCCCUCCAGCCAGCCACUAUGCUUACUCACCAGAAGCGGCCUCUCCUCCCCUCACUGGGUCAUAUCCAUGUGCUCCAAUAAGCUAUACUCCUUAUGCAGGUUAUGCCAAUGGUGUCGCACCAGCGUAUCAGCAGGCCUACUACCGAUAGAUUAACUUCCGGAAAUGGUGACACUGAUAUGAUGACUCUAAUUUCUAAAUGUUGUCUAAAUGGUUUGUAAUCACUAACCUUUUAAUGGUAGCGGUAUCGUCUGUGUGUUGUUAAUCUGUAAUCCUGAUCUUCAUCCUGCAUCUUGACUUGUCAAGGACAGGUUCUCAUGUUUCUAAUGUUUAUUAAACUUGUAGUACUAGGUGUUUGUGCAAAUUAA